AUGGCUCCAGGGCCGAUGCAUGAUGAGGAGCCGUAUCGGGAAAACCUCAACAUGCAACUCAUAUGCCGUGAUUGCAAAGAGUUCCCUCCCAAUUUGAUCGAAGAGUUCUCCUCAGGAGACAUGGUUUGUGGAUCUUGCGGUCUGGUUCUCGGUGACCGGAUUGUGGAUACUCGCUCGGAAUGGCGUACCUUUUCCAAUGACGACCAGGGAAAUGACGAUCCCUCUCGUGUUGGUGACGGGGCUAAUCCGCUUCUUAACGGCGCGCAACUUCAAACUUCCAUCUCCUUUGGAGAUGGCGGACGGUCCAGCCGAGAUUUGAAUCGUGCUCAGAACAAGGCGACUCAUGACAAGGCUACUAAGGGUCUUCUGCAAGCAUACAAGGAGAUUGGUGCCUAUUGCGAUGCAAUCAAUAUUUCCAAGAAUGUAUCGGAUACGGCAAAGCACUUGUUCAAGAUUGUAGACGACGCCAAAGCGUUCAAGGGCAAAUCGAACGAGGCCGUCAUCGCCGGGUGCAUCUUCAUCGCUUGCCGCCAGUGCAAGGUGCCACGAACUUUCCGUGAAAUCUACGCGCUUACCAAAGUUUCAAAGAAGGAGAUUGGAAGGAUUUUCAAGUCUCUGGAGAAGUUCUUUGCCGCACAGAACAAGGAGAGGAUGGAGGCGGUGGCGCACUCGGGAGGAAUUGUCAAUCCCCACGAUUCCUACACGACCACCACCUCUACCAAUGCGCGUGAUCUUUGCAUUCGGUACUGCAGUCGGCUGGCGCUUUCGCCCAACUGCACCAUGGUAUCCCAAGAGCUGGCAGAUAAGAUGUCCUCUGUCGGAGCUUUGGCCGGCCGUUCACCCCUAUCGGCAGCGGCUGCAUGCAUCUACAUGGCUUCUUAUCUGAUGAAGCAAGGCAAGACGGCCAAGGAGAUUUCAGCCGUAGCGGGUGUCAGCGACGGCACCAUCCGUACCGCCUACAAGCACCUCUAUGCCGAACGGGAGAAGCUCAUUGAUCCCAACUGGAUCAAGGACGGCAAGGGCGACAUGAAGAACUUGCCUCCCAGUUAA